AACUACGAGUGUGCUUAUAAAGAUGCUGACAGACAGCUGGAUGUCACAGACGAGAAGCGAUCGGACCAUCAGCAGAAAGUCGCCAUCAUGGGGAACUGUUGUGAAAGCAUGGGCCCACAGAAGAACACCUACAUCCGCAUCAGCCUGCCGGCCGUCUGCUUCGUCUGGCAGAUCGCCAUGGUCCUCCUGUUUGGGAUUUUCAUCCGCUACAACGAAGAGGCAGAUGCCCACUGGGUCGAGCACAAGCAGCAACACAACCUCACUGACAUUGACAAUGAUUUCUACUUCAGGUAUCCCAGUUUCCAGGAUGUCCAUGUCAUGAUCUUUGUUGGAUUUGGUUUCCUCAUGACCUUUCUGAAACGCUACAGCUUUGGCGGGGUGGGCUUCAACUUCCUGAUCGCUGCUUUCGGUCUGCAAUGGGCUCUUCUCAUGCAAGGCUGGUUCCAUUCCCUCGAUCAAGACACUGGAAAAAUCUACAUCGGGAUUGAGAACCUCAUUAAUGCAGACUUCUGCGUGGCUGGCUGCCUGAUCGCCUACGGGGCCCUCCUGGGUAAAGUGAGUCCGGUCCAGCUGAUGGUUGUCACACUGUUUGGAAUCACCCUGUAUGCUGUGGAAGAAUAUAUCAUUCUUAACCUCCUCCAUUGCAGAGACGCUGGUGGCUCCAUGGUCAUUCACUGCUUUGGAGGUUAUUAUGGUUUGGCCAUCUCCUGGGUGCUCUACCGACCAAACUUACACCAAAGUAAACACAACGAGGGGUCCGUCUACCACUCAGAUGUGUUUGCAAUGAUUGGCACGCUGUUCCUGUGGAUGUUCUGGCCCAGUUUCAACUCAGCCAUCACUAACCACGGUGACGGUCAGCACAGAGCGGUCAUCAACACCUACAUCGCCCUCGCCGCCUCUGUUGUCACUGCUGUGGCCAUCUCCAGCAUGUUUCACAGCAAGGGAAAACUGGACAUGGUACAUAUCCAGAAUGCCACUCUGGCAGGUGGUGUUGCCAUGGGAACAUCAGCAGAGUUCAUGAUCUCUCCUUACGGUGCACUCAUCGUGGGUUUCUUCAUGGGCAUCAUCUCCACCUUUGGCUACGUGAUUGUCACACCCUUUUUAGCAAAAUCUCUGAAGCUGCAGGAUACGUGUGGUGUUCACAACCUGCACGCCGUGCCAGGGAUGCUCGGAGGCUUUAUCGCCGCCAUCGUCGCUGCAUUUGCAUCUGAUUCAGUCUACAGCCACCAGGGGCUGAUCAACACAUUCGAUCUUACGGGCGAGUAUGCAAGCAGGACCAUGUCGACGCAGGGGGGCUAUCAAGCAGCUGGUACCUGUGUGGCAAUGGCUUUUGGACUAAUUGGAGGAGCGAUUGUCGGUCUCAUCCUGAAGUUGCCCAUCUGGGGCGAUCCUGCUGAUGACAACUGCUUUGAUGAUGAAGCUUACUGGGAGCUCCCUGAAGAAGAGGAGGAGACCAUUGCUCCAGUUUUGGAGUACAACAACCACAUGAUACAAAAGCACCAAGACAUAGCCGAGUCAAACUUCUCCAUGGAGGAAUGCUAGAGACACCCAGAAGAACCAGACCCCACCUCAUUUAGUUUUGAGUUUGACGAGGCCACUGGGCAACAUGAAGUAACAGAGGAGGCUUAGAAAAGAGCAGUUUGAAGAGAUAAUAUCUUGUUUUACUUGUUUUUAUUCCAUCAACACCUUUUACAGCUUCUAACUAUUGGAAAACAUGAAGUUACAGAGAUGCUGAAGAUCAAGAUGAACUAAAGGUUGUGUAAAAUGAUCAAAAGCUGCUUAAUGUGUUUAAAUAUUGCCCAGUUCUGAAUUCAGCCUGUGUGAUAUGAAAUCAGACACGAUGUGUUCAUGUUUUAUAAGCAGAUUUUUGAUGCUUUAGAAUUUGUACUUUUAUUGUAAUUUAAAGAAUAAUCAGUAGGAGUAACUCCUAUUUUAUAAGCACUUAACAAGCUACAUAUGCUUUGUAUUCACUCCUGUAAUGUAUUAAAGGUAUCAAUCAGAGUAGCUUGUCCUUUUAUUUAAAUGAAAUGUGUUUUGUUGUGUAGAGAAACAUAUGAUUAAAGUCUUUUUUUGAAUAUUUUGCCAUCUAUAUGCGACAUGAGCCCCUCCCCCCCACACUCCCUUUGAUUUGUUGCCAGAUUCUUAUUUUAGAGCAUUUAAGCGACUAUGACACGGUCUUCUGCCUUAUGAUGGGUUUAAUGUUGCUUCAGAGAAAAGAAACCUCACAUUUUAAAAUAAAUAAUCAUCUGUUAGGAUAUUUGAUUGUUUUUAAAGGGACAAUGUGUAGUUUUUAUUGUUAAUGUCCAGAAAUAUCCAUCAAAAUGUUACUGAAAAUGAAUUAAAUGAUGCCCAGUUGUUGAAAAAUAUUGGUGGCUUCUCAACAUAUAACUAUAAAAAUCUGUUCUAAAUA